GUGAAUCGAAACCGUUUUCGUUUCGUCCGUCUUUCGGUUGGUAUUAAUUCAGCUGGCAACGCGUCGUGCUCUACUCGAAAACAAAGUUCUUACCAUUUUUCACCAAAUAGUUACAUUAAGUUUUAUUGGAAAUGGAAGCGAGUAAUUGUUAACUAUCAUUGAGAUGAAACGAGUUUUUAUUUUAACAACGGACGAUGCUUGAGAAGCGCAAAGGAAUGGGCGUGCGCAAGGAUUAUAAAUAAAGUGAGUGUGUGCGUGGUGUAAUAUCGAAGGUUGUCGUGCUGUGGUUAUCUUAUCGCGGGUGGCGGUGGCCUGGUGACGCUGCGAAACAGCUGACGGUCGGUACGGUUGCCUAAGCAACGCGUUCUCUCUCUUUUUGGAUAUAACAUUUUUCUGGAUUCCCGGAUCUUAUGUCCGGAUAAGAACCCACUCGUUUUCAAAGAAAAAGGCGAUGAACGGAAACCUGAGGGUGGUUGGUGUUUGAGAAUCAAUUUACACAUCUAAUUCGCAAUAAUGAACAACCUCGCCACAAGAAUUUUAUCAUCAUCAUCGCUACCAACGCCGUCGCUAGUGGCAUCGUUAUCAUCAUUUCUAUCGCAUCGUCUAAUAAUAACUUCGCAUCGCCAGCAAACGUUCGUCAGGCACGUAUCAACAGGUGUCCCCGAGCUAACGAAGGAUCGUUAUAAAGAUGUGAAACGUGGGAACUACACUAAAUUAGAUAAAGAUCACAUAGAUUUUUUUAAACGGCUUUUAGGAGAUCAUCGAGUUAUAACUGAUAGCGAGGAAUGUAGUGGUUUUAAUGUAGAUUGGAUAAAAUCUGUGAGAGGUUAUAGUCAAUGUGUCCUCAAACCAAAGUCAACGAUCGAGGUAUCGAAAAUUCUAUCGUUUUGCAAUGCAAAUAAACUGGCGGUGUGUCCCCAGGGGGGCAAUACAGGUUUAGUGGGCGGCUCGGUCCCCGUUUUUGAUGAAGUUAUCAUCACAACGAGUUUAAUGAAUACUAUAUCUUCACUUGAUGACAUUUCUGGGAUUGCCGUUCUUGAAGCUGGUUGUAUUCUUGAAAACGUUGAAAAUUACGUUAAUGAAAAAGGAUUUAUGAUGCCGUUGGAUUUAGGCGCGAAAGGUUCUUGUCAUAUUGGAGGAAAUGUUUCUACGAAUGCUGGUGGAUUAAGAUUGCUGAGGUAUGGAAAUUUACAUGGGAGUGUUCUUGGAUUGGAAGUGGUAAAAGCAAACGGAGAAAUCCUCGACUUAUUAUCGACGUUAAAAAAAGAUAACACCGGUUAUCAUUUAAAACAUCUUUUUAUUGGCUCAGAAGGAACAUUGGGAUUUAUAACCAAAAUAGCUAUUCAAUGUCCACCGAAACCGAAAGCUUUAAACGUAGCAUAUCUCGGUGUUAACAGUUUUGAAGAUAUUUUAAAAACUUUUAAAAUGGCGAAAAGUAAUUUAGGCGAAAUUCUUUCAUCAUUUGAAUUAAUCGACGAAAAAUCAUUGGACGUUGUUUCAACUUACUACGGGAUGAAAUCGCCAAUUGGGAUUUACCCAUUUUAUAUUUUAAUCGAAACCCAAGGAAGUAAUUUGGCUCAUGACGAAGAAAAAAUGAAUUUAUUUUUAGAAAAAGUCAUGAACGAAGGAAUUGUUUUAAACGGAACCGUUACUAAUGAAGAUUCUAAAAUGAAAUCAAUUUGGGCUUUAAGAGAAAGAAUAACUGAAGGGUUAUUGUGUGAUGGAUACGUUUUUAAAUAUGAUUUAUCAUAUCCUGUUAAAGAAUUUUAUGCUAUCGUGGAAGAUUUACGGGAACGAUUAAAAGAUCCUGAAGUUUUUAGAAUUUGCGGAUAUGGACAUGUUGGUGAUGGAAAUAUUCAUUUAAAUAUUUGUCUGAAAGAAUUUUCUCAGGAAAUUUUAAAGAAAAUUGAGCCGUACGUUUAUGAGUUCACUUCCGCUCGUAAAGGCAGUGUUAGUGCUGAGCAUGGAGUUGGUUUUCGCAAGCCUAAAUAUAUCCAUUACUCAAAAUCAGAGGCUGCCAUUUCUCUUAUGAAGGAUUUAAAGAAAGUUUUGGAUCCUAAUAAUAUCUUAAAUCCUUACAAGGUUCUUCCACAAUAAAAAUAAACUUAUUAGAAGAAAUAAA